GGAGUCGAUUAGAUGCAUGCCACAAAAAUGAGUUGGCUUCCUGUAGUCGAAACACGCCUAUAUUCAGCGAGACUUUGACGAGACUUUGACGAACCCAUACUGAAAUCGUCUGACGUACUCUAUGUAUUUUAACAUUGUUUAUCAUAAUGGUAGCAACUGGAUAUAGCGGAUUUGAUAAAAUAACAAACGCAGUUUGUAUAAACAAUAGUAUAAAGCAAAGUCAAGAUGCACAAUCCCCCGAGGAACUUAACAGGAAGUCGGGUCGACAGAUAGCCAACCACUCACAGACUCCCGCUUGUUUUCUUUAUUGAUCACUAAAGUGACAACACAUGUAAUGAAAAUCAAAACUUCGUUGAACAGUUGAUUCAACGCCAAGUAAGGCUUGUACAAGCACGGCUCGAACUAGAGAGGCAAGGACCUAACAAUGGACAAGUACAGAAAUAUAACUGUAUUCGGCCAAGCGAACACAAGUAAUGCGUCUAUCCUGAUAAGGACGUCGCUUAUAUCUGCUAUUAUCAUGGGAGUUUUGCUGAACGUUCUACCAUUAUUUGUGGUAUUCAGAUUUCAAAGUAAGGGCAGCCGAAGACCUCAGGGCCGCGAUGUAUUGCUGGCUGCUCUCAGCUUUCUAAACUCGUUAGUACUCCUAGUACCGUUACCAAUUUAUUUAUGGCUUUACAAUCAAACUAAAGCUACAAGUGGUUAUUCAACUGAAUUCACUACAAGACCGUCAAUGUGCGAGAUAUUUUUCUUAAUGUUUAUUUGGCUAAAGCUGGCAUCGAUGUUUUUGGUCACAAUUUUGAACUACACGUCGUACUUUGCUCUUACUAAUCGCCGUCAUUACAGGAGCACAAGUAUCGGUGAACGGAUUUCGAGUUCGUUUUAUUGUUCGUCGCACAGUCGGUCGCGGGAGCGAUUGACCACCGGGGGAAGGUCAUCCGUCGUGCUUGCAAGCCUUGUGCUAGGGAUAGCCCUGGUGGCAUUUAUCAUCGCGUCGCUACCGUACCUCGGACUUGGACCUGGGGGAGCCGUUCGCGGGGAUAAUCGCACGGAUACCCACCAUCAGUGUCAACUGCGUCAGAUCACUCAGCCUACUAACGACAAAGAGCAUACUUUCCUCUUUGCGGUUCUCAUGAUUUCAGCUGCUUGCCUCGGCCUGCAUGUCAUUCACAGCAUUCUGUGCAGGUUUGGGCAGUUUUUAUGGCGGAAAAACUUAAAGCAAGCGCAGGAAUUGGAUAUCAAAGUUAUGGACAGGAAACGUGACCUCGAAAACGCGCCUAAAGUAGCGGAAAGUUACGCAAACUUGACUUGCAGUCUCGGCGUUGUUUUCUUCGCAGCAUGGGUACCCUUGAUGGUUGCCAUGGGAACCAUGAUGUCAGGCAAGCAGACUGUGACGUCAUCAGUAUCUGAGUAUGUGGUUUUGGGUUCGUUCCUGAGUCCUGUGCUCGACCCGGUGUUGUGUGCGGUGUUUGUGCUUGAAUACAGAAAGGGCUACAAAGCGCUGAUAACACUACUGUUGCGAUCAGUACAUCCUGGCAGGUGGAGAUGCAAGUCACGUGAGAAACACUCAGCCAAUCAGAGCCAUGUAACAGAUGUGUGAACAUGAAGCCAAGCUCAAUAAUUAGAACUUUUUACAUUGUAUUACAGCUAAAAAACAAAUAAGCUCUGCUACGCUCGACCAAAUAAACACAGAAAAGAUGGGGGCGGUUGCACAAAGCUUGGAUAAGUGGAUAGGUCUUAUCCUCCUGAUAUAACUUAUUCAAGUGGAGUGAUUUGGUUGCACAAACCUUGGAUAAGUAAAUAAGUCUUAUCCACCGGAUAUAGCUUAUUCAAAUAGAGUGAUUUGGUUGCACAAAGACCGUUGUCCAGCGGCUAAAAUUAUCCGGUUUAAAGAGGUCGGAUAUAAAAUUUUAUCCACCGAAUAAAUUUAGACUCAGCAAAGCUCAAAUUGACCACGGAAUGCACCGUGUUCUGCUGGGAGAUGAGAGUUUAAAGAUAUCAGUGCAUGAGGGGAAGACAACGACCCAAAUAAAAGCAAUUCUGAAAUCCCCCCCCCCAACCCUUAGAGUAUUUUUAAAUAUUUUUAAAAUGUGUACUGUACCCCGAUAAACUGUUUGUUUUCUGAUUCUGGCAUUCAUUGUGCUCUUGCAACGGCGGCUACUAUUUUGUUUGAAGGAAUACAGCGCGCAAUUUCCACAUUUAUCAAGGUUACGGGAAGCCAUUUAGAGGUAAAUGAUGGCUAUCCAGCGAAUAGUUAUUCAGCCUUCUAAUCUAGCUUUUUAUCAGACAAAAGUACCACUAUCCCCACUGGAUAGGGGUUUUAUCUGGUGGAUAGCGCAUAUCCAGCGGAUAACUUAUCCAAGCUUUGUGCAACUGGCCCCAGGGAUUCUUGCCGCGAAUCUGGUAGUGACUCGAUAAAACCAAGUCAUAAAACACUAGUUAACUUUUAAAUAAUUUAUACCAUAUACUUUUAAAGUAUAAAACAUGGAUAUAACAA